UCAGGGCUCUUUGCUGGCCGUGGCAUUGCUGGUUGUCGCAGCGAAGAGGCGCCCCGCGGCCCUGCUUAGUCCCGGAGGCUGCUCCUUCGGGCGUCCUUGCCCCCGUCACCUGCCCCCUGGGUCGCCUCCGAAGUGGCUGCCAGGGCCACCGCUGUCCCCCAAAAACUCACUGGGGGAGUUAAUGGAAGGAGGUAGAAGGAGCUCAGACAAACACUAAGCAGCGGAGAUAAGGAAGAAAUCCUGCCUUUUGUUUCAGUGGAGACGGGAGAGGAGCUGGAGAGCCGAGGUGCGGAGACAAAGCACGGCUGCUCGAGAUGUCAGGAGCUGCAAAAGAGACGCCUAGACCAGCGGUGAGAUUCAAUGAGAAAUAACGGCGGCCCGUGAGAGAUGGAGUGAGCACAGAGGAAUUGCAGUAGGAUGAAAGUGAACUUCUACGAACGGACCAAAGACCGUAUUGAAAACAUUGGGAUCAGACAAUUAUAACGAUUUUAACAUCACGGGACACAGCUGAUUGGAACCAUGUUACUCAAGCCAGUGCUUGUAGAAUCUCUGGUUGUUUUCACCAUUGUGCUGUGUGUGCACAUGGUGGUGUGGGAUCGGUAUUCCUGGUGCGCUAUUGCUCUUGCCAUUCAGGCUUUUUAUGUCCAGUUUAAAUGGGACCGUCUCCUCCAGUUGGGUGGAGCAGUUUUCCAGUUCCGGACAACGGCUAAUAGCGGCCUUCUACCAGCUAGCAUGGUCAUUCCACUGUUGGGGAUUGUGAUGAAAGAGAGAUGCAAGAUGUCUGGCAUUGUGUAUUUUGAACGUUUUGGCAUAGUUGUGGCCUCCACUGGCAUGGUGAUAGCCCUCUUCUUAUCUGUAAUAGCAGUUGGCAUCACAAAACCUGUGCCAACUAAUACUUGCAUACUUUCUGGUGUUGCUGGAAGCUUAAUCAUCUACACCAUGAAACAUUCUUUGACUGUUUCUGAAGUGGUAGAGGUUCUGGAAGUGCUGCUUAUUUUUGUCUACCUCAGUAUGAUCCUGUUGUACCUAUUGCCCCGCUGCUUCUCUCCUGGGGAAGCAUUACUGGUCCUUGGGGGCAUAAGUUUUAUCCUCAACCAGCUCAUUAAGCGCUCACUAAAUGUGAUAGAGGGCAGAGGAGAUCCUAUAGACUUCUUCCUUCUGGUGUUAGUGGUUGGUGUGGUCCUUCUGGGGAUUUUCUUUACUGUUCUUUUCCUCUUCAUGGAUUCAGGAACUUGGACCUCUUCCAUGUUUUUCCACAUGAUGACAGCAGUGCUUGGCCUGGGGGUCAUCAUGCCUUGGCUUUACCGGCUCAUCCGAAGGAAUCCUUUGUUUUGGUUGCUCCAGUUUCUGUUUCAGACGCAGACAAGAGUUUACCUUCUCGGGUACUGGACCUUGUUGGCUGCCUCUGCGUGCACUGUGGUUCUCUACCAGAAUGCCAAGAGAUCAUCUGAAUCUAAAAAGCACCAAGCUCCAACCGUAAUCAGAAAAUGCUUUCAUUUCAUAGUGGUGGCUACUUAUGUCCCUGGGCUAAUUUAUGACCCUCAGCUUCUCUAUGUUGCUGCAGUGUUAUGCUUGGCAGUGUUUAUCUUUUUAGAGUACGUGCGGUACUUCAGGAUCAAGCCAUUUGGCCAAAUGCUCAGGCACUUGCUCUCUCUCUUUUUGGAUGAACGUGAUAGUGGACCUCUGAUCUUAACUCAUAUUUACCUUCUUCUUGGGAUGUCCCUUCCCGUGUGGUUGUUCCCUAGACCUUGUGCUCACAAAGGUUUCUUGUCUGGGACAGGUGCAUUGGUUCCCUAUUCAGGGGUCCUGGCAGUAGGGGUGGGAGAUACCAUAGCCUCAGUUUUUGGCAGUACAAUGGGAGAAAUCAAAUGGCCUGGAACAAAGAAGACAUUUGAAGGGACAAUGACUGCCAUUUUUGCUCAGAUCAUUGCUGUGGCUCUUAUUCUCAUCUUUGACAUCAAUGUGAAUCUAAACUCCAGCUAUGCUUGGAUUUUAGGUUCUAUCAGCUUAGUUUCCCUUUUGGAAGCCUACACUACCCAAAUAGAUAAUCUCUUCUUGCCUCUCUACCUCCAGAUACUGCUUAUGGCUUAGUGAUGGCAAGGAACAGUCACUUUCCUUUUUCCAAAUAAGAAUGGCAACAGGAUACGCAUCCCAGUCAAGGGAUCAACAGAGGCAGUCUGGUACAAAAUACUAUAUUUGGUACAGCAGAUAAAAUGGCUGAAGACAGAAAUGGAUUAACUCUUCUAAUGUCAAUUAACAAUAAAGGUAAAGGCUUCUGUUGGUCCUUUUACUUUUAAUAACUAAAGCAGCACCAGUUGCUACAUCUUCCCAUACGAGUAACAGGAAACCAUCUACCUGAUACUCUGAUUCAAAUUGUGGGUGACAAUUUAGAUACUAAAUCACAAAGGGCACCUGUACAUGCCACGGGAUUUAAUCCUCAUUAAAUUAAAUAAAUUUAUAAAAUUUAAGCUUGUUUAUUUUGGAGCGUUGCAUCAGUGCUUGCACAUACUAGGUUUUCAAACUAAUUAAGUCCAGUCCCUGGCUGGUGCUUCAGGAGAGCGGGACAGUCCCACACUGCUCCUCAUGCCCUGCCAUGCAGCUGUGGGAGCAGGGAGCUGGCACAUGGCACAAGGAAAAAAUAAAUUAAAAAAGCAGCAGCAAUUCAAAGGGGUGAACUACAAAAAGUCACAGCACCAUCUGGUGGACAAAGAGGCUCAUUACAUGUCUUCGUGGAUUCAUUGCAUGCAGACACAAAGGCACUCAGACGCAGCACUUUAAUUCGCAGCGAGCCAAACUAAACUACAUCUGAGGAGUUUUACUUUAAUACACCAGAGACUUUUAAAGUGUCCGGAAAACUCGAUCAUGCAAACAAUCAUGCCGUUGCAGCACAAGAAUGGGCAAAAAACGUGGCGUGUACAAACGCCCAAAGGGUUUAUUUUCAGACUUCUUCUGGGCAUGCUAAAGCAAACUGGGUAGGAAAGAGAGCACUACAUUCACUAGAAUGGAAAAGAUGGAGUCACUAAACAUUUGGUUUUGUUACCUAAGCAGUGCCUCAGAGUUGUCUCUUUUCAAAGCGUUCGCGCUUUGCCAACUUGCCACUGAGUUGAGUCCUGCUGUUUUGUGUAUUGUAUGUGAAUCCUAUAUUUUUUUUACAAAAGAACAACUUAAAGCAUACUCUUCUGCAGUAUGGGGUGAGAGUGCCACAGCAUCCCACUGUGUGGAAAAUUAGACAAUGGCUGUGAAAACAACACUAAUGCUUGUUAGGCAUUAAGUAAGUGCAGGUAUUGAUAAUACAAAUUUGACUUGCUAGGAUGAGAUGAGCAACUGUUUUCACUACACAAGCCUCCAGGGUUAACAUUUUUUUUACUUCUUUGCCAAUAGUCUCUGAAAUAAAUCACAUUUUACCUUUUGCAUGAUCUUGAUCUCUUGAAAGUACUUAAGAAUUUACUUUGAAAAGAGGCCCAUUUCACACAUCUGUAGAGAGAGUUUAAAGAAAAACUAAAUUACAACUAAUUGACAAAUCCUUUUCUGUUUUACUAGUAACAGAUUAUUGAAGCUAAAAAUAUCUUUGAAAUCCACUGUACAUUUGUCUACUCAUCCAGGCUUGCUUACUUCCUGCAUUUCGUUGUUUAAACUACGAUUUAUGAAGUCUGUUUCAUGGUUGUUUACACUCAGUCACUUCCUGGCGCUCACACACUUGCACAGUGCUGUAGUGUUUAGUUUGCCAGUCACUAAGGGAAUAUUUAAAUUCAAACAGACUGCUUUCAUUUUAAAAAAAUUGAAAUCAAUUAUUAAAAUUAAAUUUUGGAGCAAAGCCAUCUGCUUUGGUCCCUUUUUAAUUAGAAUCAUAAUUCUGAAUAAUUAAAAAUAUCCCUUUUAUGGUACAAGCACCCUUCUUGUUUCUGUACAUUUAAUCCUUUGACAUGUUUUUACUUAUGGGAAUCUUCUUAUUAACAAGCAAAACAUCCAUUAGGAGCAAAAACGUUAAUUUGUAUUCCACCCUCUGGGAGAAAGUCUGAGCAAGGUAUUUUCUUGCAAAGAUUCUUAUCUGGGGAGAUUUGAGAUUGAGCUUGAUUCUGGUCUCCCUAUAUCCCUGUAACUUAGAGCACAAUGAUCCAUAAAGAAAAACCAUUAACAUGGGAGCAACAUAAAACCAAGACAAUUAGUCUUACACUAUUCUCUGGUGCAGUCUUAAGCAUAGAAGUGUCUCCAUGUUAGCAAGGAGCUUGGCUUCAGCACAGCGCUCUAGUUAUUCUGAGCUGCAGAAUCAUACUCCAGAAUAUAAUUUUGGAUUGCUUUGGCCCCUGAAAUAAGCUAGAGCUGGGCUGGUUUAGAAUCAUCAGUGUUCACUACUCUUCCCCUUUCUAGGAAAUGCUUUCUCAUUACACAUGGCAAAGAAUUUGUCCCAGGCUUUUAGGAACAGUCAAAAAUAUGUCUUGGCUAAUAUUGCAGUAGGGUGUCAGGCACUGCUCCAAGGAAACUAAGCUCUGGACAGAGGAAUGGUGUAAGAGCACAGCCCUGUGUGGCAACAUAAAUCCCACUUGUGGUGCUUCUUAUCAAUCUGUCUUCCAGUUGUGAGACUGAGCGGGACUCUUGCUAUUUAUACACUAGCGUUGUCUUUAAAUUGCACUGAAUGGUGUGGCUUGUUGAAAA